AAUUCACACACUGUGAUGCUGAGUACAUUUGGCACGCACUCAAUCACGCACGCGCACGCGCACGCACGCACACAAACACCUGCCUCUUCAGUGUCUAUCCAGGAGGAGGAACCUGUUCUGCAGGAUUCACAUCCGCUUCUCAGCUGCAGCGCAUGCGUAAGCGUCGACACGCACAGUCACAAUCUAUGGACUGAUUUAUCCGCGCUGCUGAACAUCACUGACAUUGUAAAGAUGAUGUACACUCCAGCUGCGGCUGAUGCCGGUGUGACAGUGGUGGAGAAAGAUGCCACUCUGAGCGGUGCUUACUCGCCCGUGGACUACAUGAGCAUCACAAGCUUCCCUAGACUGCCAGAAGAUGAUGCCCUCUCAUCAGACAACACCCUGAAAUCACGCAAAGAUGAUGAUAACUUCCUCAGCGAGCAGGACACAGAUCCUGAUCUGUUUCUGAAGUCAGCUCGGCUGCAGCGACUGCCCUCUUCUACUUCGGACUUGGCAAGCCAUAACAUCUCUCCGCUGAGAGAGACCACCAGAGACCCAUUGGCACAAGAUUGCGCGUGUACACGAGAUAGCCUCACGGUCAUCAUCAUCUCCUGCUUGACCUUCGCCACUGGGGUCACCAUGGCACUCAUAAUGCAGAUCUACUUUGGGGAACCACAGGUGUACACUCAAGCCGCAGUAGUAACGGAUGUGGCGCGCUGCACGUCUCUGGGCUUUGACGUGCUGGGUAAGCGAGGAUCAAGCGUAGAUGCAGCCAUAGCCGCCUCUCUCUGCCUGGGCAUAGUUCAUCCUCACACCUCGGGCAUCGGCGGUGGUGGUGUGAUGCUAGUCCAUGACAUCCGUAAGAAUGAAAGCAAUGUCAUUGACUUUCGUGAGACCGCACCGCUUUCCAUCACCAAGGAGUUGAUGUUAAAUGUUAAUCAAAGUUCAGGUCUGUUAGUGGCCGUUCCGGGGAUGCUCAGUGGACUACAUCAGGCUCAUCAGCUGUAUGGAAGAAUGCAGUGGAAAGAGCUUGUCACCAUGGCUGCGAAUGUUGCCAGGAAUGGUUUCAAUGCUACGCACGAACUGGCUGAUGCGUUGUCUAAACUGAAAGGCCAAAAUGUGUCGAAAGCCUUCCUGCCGAACGGGCAGAGUCCACUCGCGGGCCUCUUCAUGAGACGUCUGGAUUUAGCUGAGGUUUUGGACAAGAUAGCAGCCAAUGGGAUCUCAGAGUUCUACAGUGGGAAUCUGACGCAGGAGAUAAUCUCUGUGGUUCAGGCGCUAGGAGGCAAGCUGACAGAGGAAGACUUUAGAAACUACAGCACCAUCCUACAGAAGCCGCUGCAAAGUUUUUAUCAAGGGCACCGGGUAUUGUCCAUCCCUCCGCCCCACGCAGGAGCCGCUCUGCUCUCCGCUCUAAACAUCCUGGAGGGAUAUAAUAUCACAAACCAGACGCCGAGGAACAGACUUCACCACUGGAUCGCUGAGUCUUUGAAGAUUGCUUUGUCCCAGGCUAGUGGACUUGGGGACCCGAUAUUUAAUGCUUCCGUCUCAGAAGUUGUGGAAAAGAUGCUCAGUAAAAGUCAGGCUUCCCUGUUCCGUCAAAAGAUCAACGACUCACGUGCGUCUACUGCCGAACACUACGUGCCGUCGUACAAGCUGCAGGAUGGUGCCGUGGCGAGCCAGGUGGUGAUUAUGGGCACAGAUGAUUUAAUAGUAUCUGUUAUGAGCUCACUGAACCGGCCUUUUGGAAGCUACAUUGUGACGCCCUCCGGGAUUCUUCUUAACAGUCAGAUGCUAGAUUUCUCCUGGCCCAAUAAAACCCAUGACUCUGUGGAUUUUAAUCCGCUUAACAUCCUUGAGCCAGGGAAGAGACCCGCAUCCUUCUUGAUGCCCAUUGUAGUGAGACCCUCCAUAGGCACGUGUGGCACUUACAUGACCCUGUGUUCCUCUAAUGCUGACCGGGCCCUUAGCGGCAUCACUCAGGUUUUAGUUAAUGUUCUAUCAUCGCGGAAAAACAUGAGUGACGGUCUAUCUUACGGCAGGCUCCAUCCUCUCAUACAGACCAACACCCUCCUGGUAGACUCUAAAUUUUUACAGGCCGAUGUGGAGUCUCUUACAAAGUUGGGCCAUAAGGUGGAGAAGGUGGACAUCAUCUCACUGGUAGAAGGAACCAAGAGAACCAAUGACCUGAUCAUAGGUGUGAAGGACCCUCGCAGCACUGACGCCUCUGCUCUGGCCAUGUCUAUGCCCUAGAAUCCAUCACAUAUCCUGCUCUUGUGUGCCCAGGUUACACUUGUGUAAUAGUUGAUCCAAGCUGCUAUCUCUGCCACUACUGUAGCUUGAAGCAGAUGCCCUGUAUGCAUGUUAUGUGUCUGCUUGUUCAAUACAGCAAGAUUUCAGUUUGGUUUUAUUUUUUUACUCAAAAAUUUUACAACUACAAUUCAGGACACUCAAACGUGUCUCAUAUUACAAAGGUACAAUUUUAAUUUCUGCAAGUAUAGGACACAUACAGUAGUUGUCAGACGAUUGGAAACACAAACUUGAUUCAUUUCCAUUGCUGAUUACGUAAUUUUAUUAAACAUGUAAUCAAAGAGCACUCUUCCAUUAAAUAUAUACAAUUUGGAUUGUACUGUAGGUGCAAUUACAGUGUAUUUGUUCAAAAUUCUAAUCUGAGGAACAAACUCGAACCUUUGACAGGAACUGUGUACUCAUAAUUAUAAAUUAAUCCAGGAUUAUGUACUGUGGACUAUUAGACAAGUUUUUCGAGGGGUGGGCAUUUUUACUUCCAUUAAGGACCUUGACAAACGCUACUUGAAGUUUAACGUUACAUAUUAUUUAUUGAUGAUUCUGGGUAUGGGUGUAUUUAAAAAAAAAAAUGUUACAAGAGUAAAUAAAUAGUCUUAACAGUCAUUUGAUAGAUAAAAGUUCCAGCAUUCCAUGGAGAAAGUGAACAUGAAGGGAAGAAGCUCACAAAGUGUAUAAACAUGAGGCCUUAAGGGAACAUUAUGGGACUAGGAUGGAUUUUCUUGUAAUGUCAGACGAAACCUUGGUGUGCAAUACAAUAUCAGCAUGAUUUCUUGAGCGCAAUUGUGUUAAUACAGUACUUUAAUAACUGUGUAAUUUUGCAGAUGUUAUUUAAAAGGACACAUUGUUGCGUGCUGUAUCAUGAAUGUAAAAAGCGUGUAAUGAAUAUUUGUACAGUGUGCAGUUCUGUUGUUUUUCUCCCGAGUGACAAUUCAGUUUAAUUCUGCUUUCCAUACAUGCCAAUAAAUGGGCACUUUGUGUAUUUCUUGUCUCA